GUUUGUUUAACUCCUCCACUGAUCCGCGACCAGCGUCUCCAUGGCAACGCACAUUGCCGAGGAUCGGAAACAGCCGAACAGUUCCGCUGAUCUCUAGACAUGUGUGCGCUUACUGCCUCGUCUACUGACCGUAGAUCUGUGCAUCUGCUGACCGCAGAUCUGUGCAUCUCCUGACCGUAGAUCUGUACAUCUCCUGACCGUAGAUCUGUGCAUCCGCUGACCGUAGAUCUGUGCAUCUUCUGACCGUAGAUCGGUGCACCACCUCUCGGCUCCACAGGGCUCCGUGUUGUUGGAUGUGCGGUGUCGGAAUCGAACACUUUAUGUUCCCACCAUGGCUGUUUCUGUGGAGGAGGUUUCUUCUUCUCUUGUGAGGGAAUACCUGAGUCGGAAGGGACUGAAGAGAACCAUCAGCUGUAUGGACGAGGAGCAUCCACGCACAGAGGCCAGCAUCAACAACAGAUCCCACCUGAGGCAGGUCCUCAACAUAGAGAGUCUCUACAGGGAGAACAAGGUUCUCAGCUGCCCCCUGAAAACGUUACUAGAGAUUAUUGUGAAGCAUCACAUCGCAGGUCUGCAUGAUGACGAGGUCCCCAGCAGUGUCAGUGAGCGUCUGCUGUCUGCUGCAGCUGUGGGCUCAGCUUCUCCUCCUGCAGUCACACCAGGAGAGAUGAAGGAGGACAACACAGCAGCCUUGGUUAUUAGCAAACGCAUCAGACCGAGGUCUGAUGCAGAAGAGAUCGCGUCUUUUCAACAGUCUAAUACCUCAUCGAUGCCUGACAGUCUGUCCAGCAAUAAUCAAACAUGCUUCCAAACCUAUGACUCAGAGGAUCGCAAAGCUCACCCCCUGUCGGCCCCUGCCCAGGACAACGAGAGCUUCACGAGAAGGGAACCAGAGAAAAAGACGACCAUCACUGAGAGCACCCAAAGGAGCAAAACUAAUCGAAUUAGACGGGGCAUGAUGGCUGGACCAAUAGCAAGUUCCCCUCAGGAAUCAAGUAAAAAAAGGCUAAGUCGAAGGGUAGAGGCUCCCCAGCUGCCGCCCAGAAAACAAGAAGAACACAGGAAGUCGAGCAAUGGACUCUUGAUGACUGGCUCACAUCUCAAAAGCGUGGAAAGUGGUGAAACAGAAAUAUGCUCAGCUGACUGCGUAGGAGGGAGAUGGGAGUUGCUGAGUGCACCAGAGAGAAAGCAGAGUGAAAACAGCUUUGAGAAAGUGGGGCAAGCCUCGCUCAAGACAAGCAAAGUGAAGACCAGACCCAAUGUGGCUGAUCUGGAUGUGUCCGAGAUGGCUUUAGAUGACAUUGAUGACGAGCUGCAAGAUCUCUCUGGAGCGUCCUUCCAGAGGACCAUCAGGGAGCGCAGCUGUGCGGGCCGUCCGAUGGACCCACACACUGCCGUGGAAUUGAAAGCGAUUCUUCUCGGUUCCAACGUAAGUUGCUUCAGCGCUGAGUGGAGGAAUCAGGGCUUCACAUUCUCCGAAACGCACGACCUGAGAUAUGGAAUUGUGCAGAAAAAGGGUGGUCCUUGUGGAGUUCUGGCAUCCAUCCAAGCCUUUAUUCUAAAGAAGCUGCUGUUUGAGAACAGUGAAAGCAAGAACGCAGGCCUCCAGAGAUUAACACCGUCCAGCAGUACCAGAAGAAGGUGUCUAAUUUUAGCCGUGGCUGAAAUCCUGUGGAGGGCUGGCGAGGAGAAACAAGCCACAGUUGCAAUAAGUACAGGAAGAAAUCAUUUCACCCCAACAGGACACUACAAAUCCGAAGGUCUGCUUGAAAAGGUAACAGUUUUCUCGGCAGAGAGCAUCAAGGAUCUGCAGCUGCUGUUAGAGCAGCAUAUUGAGCAGUUCGAGACGGGAGUGUUGGGCUGCAUUCUGCUGACCCUAUCUGCUGUGCUGUCUCGAUCUAUUGAGAAAAUAAGAGAAGAUAUGGACGUGCCCACCACCACCCUCAUCGGAGCUCAUGGUUACUGCACUCAGGAGCUGGUCAACUUGUUGCUCUGCGGCCGAGCAGUUUCUAACGUGUUCGACGAUGACAUGGAGUUAGACUCGGGAAAUGGAAACAUGACUCUACUCAAGGGAAUGAAAGGCCGCUGUGAUGUGGGCCUGCUGUCCCUAUUUGAACAUUAUAACAUCUGUAAGGUAGGAGCUUACAUGAAAACUCCCCGUUACCCCAUCUGGGUGGUGUGCAGUGAGAGCCACUUCAGCGUGCUCUUUGGCCUGCAGAGGGAGCUGUUGACCGAUCCGGACAGAGAUCUGGAGUUUGACCUGUACUAUUAUGACGGACUGGCCAAUCAACAGGAGGAGAUCCGGCUCACUGUCUCUGUUGGUCAAUCAACCAUGAGCAGCCAGGACCCUGAUCUCAUUCCUCCACUGGAGCACUGCAUCCGAACAAGGUGGACAGAUGCAUAUGUCAGUUGGAAUGACACAGAGCCGAUUCUCUAACUGAUCACCAGGUUUUCUCUUAUUUACCAGGACCAACAAUUAUCAUUUUUUGUCAAAGGUAUCAAUAUAUUUACCCAUUUUUAUGUACAUAUUGUUGUUUAUAUUGUUUUAGUUCUCGUCAUAUUGAUCUAUAUCACUAUUAUUUUCUCUUCCAAUUGAGGAACUGUCAACUGCCAUUUGUUCACGUGCCACAAUGAUCUAGAUGUUACAUAUCACAUAAUGUAUGUGCAGCUUCGGGUCCAAAUUACUCUACGACUCAUCACGUCAGCCGCAAAGUCUCAUGCUGUUUCCUGAAAUGAUAAUUGACAGGAUGCAAUAACCUGUGUUUUGAAAGGUUCAGCAAUAAUGUGUCAAGAUAAACAGGCUUGGAUUGAAAGUCUUAGAAGGUAAAUGAUGCAACAUACAGUAUUGACCAAAGUGGCCUUUUGCUCUAUAGCUGUAUUGAUUGUUUUUCAUAUUUCACAUUAUUAUAAAUAUAUCUAUAGAUAUGUCAAGUCACAUUUAUAUCUAUCUGUAUAGCAAAUUUAAAAACAGCUGACCCAAAGUGCUUUACAAUCAUAGCAAAUAAAAUAGCAAUACCAGUGUUGGUAGAAAGUGUAAUGAUGUGAUCAAAGUCAAUGCAACAGAGAUUAAAGGUUUAGGAGAAAUUAAAAAAGAACAGAUUAAGAUGCAGUAAUAUAUUAUAUUUAAUCCAAAACUUUAAGAUAAAUGUACAUCAUGAAAUAUUUUUACACCAUGUCUUAACAAAUUUCACCUGCUGAUUAUAACCUAGUCUGGUUUUGACUUUUGGAACAUCAUCAAGUAUUACAUUCUUGAGAUUAGGUGAUCUGUUGUGUUUCCCUUCAGAUGUGGUGUAAUAAGAUUACCUGCUGACUGACUGGUGUACGUGCCCUGCUUCAGAAAGCAGUUACACAAACUCUGAGACAUAUUUGGACCAACAAACUCUGAGUGUGUUCACUCCGUGUCAAGAGCGAGCCUGGUGAAUAAAAAAGUCCGACAUACAUGGAGCUCACCAUGACACCUGUUAGAUAAAGACCAGAGUUUCCGUUGUUAUCCAGUGGAGGUGGAAAUAUUAAUGCAGAUUUAUAUAUAAAAAGCAGUGAAAAGUAAAGUAAAUGAUCAUUAAUACAUAUUCAGUUUCGUUCCCCUCAAUUUACUUCAUAAUUAAUGUUAUAGACCUAUUACUGUUUUUUAAUUUGCAAUUAAUAAUCUGAAUGUUAUGCCUUGAUGAAUGUUCGCUUUUGUCUCACAUCUCAUCUGGAACAGAUAAUAAAAUAACUCAGUACCUCUU